AUGACAGAAAUAAUUUUUUGUAUGUAUUUAUGUCUAAUGUCAUUCUUUAUUAAGUAUGUGAUGUUUUUGCUAUGUCAAGACAAGAUCGUAGAUUAUGCAUAGAAAAUAUUGUAAAAACAUAAUAGUAGCUAGAUAAAAAGUUAAAUAAUUUUUUUUAGAUAUUUUUAAAAGUUCAAUAUAUUAAAAAAAAUGAAUAUUAAUAAAAUUGAAUGGGAGGAUAUUAUAAGAGGAUUACCCUAUAAAAUAGACAUUAUUAUUGAAGAAGAGCCAAUUUUGGACAAAGAAAUAAAUGAUGCUACAAAUAUAGAAGAUGAAUGUGUAAAAGAUCUUAUAAAAAAAGAUAUUACAAAAAGUAGUUCGGAUUCUGAAUCCUCAAAAAAUGUUAUUAAUAGUAAGAUACAUGCUGUUAAAGAUUCCUAUGUUCCUUUAUUGAAAGGUUCAGUCAAGGUAGGUAAAGGUGUAGCAAGUGCUGUUAAACCAUUAAAUGUGGCAAAUAAGGUUUUAACGCCAAUAGGAAUUGCCGCUGAUACUUAUAGAACUGCACGUGCUAUUUAUUCAGAUAUUAACUAUGGUACGAGUAGAAAUACGGUAGAAACUGUUUCGAGUAUGGCUGGUGGAUGGGGAGGUGGAUACGGUGGAGCACUGGCAGGAGCUGCUGUGGGCUCUGCUCUUUUACCCGGAUUAGGAACUAUUAUAGGUGGUAUUGUGGGUGGUUUAAGUGGUGGUAUUAGCGGUGCUAUUAUAACCCACACUGCGACGAAAUCAGUUAGUGAUUUGCUUGAAUAUAAUAUCAGAAACAAAAACUGUUUAAAUUGUGGUCAGACAUUUAAGGGUAGGGAUUAUGUUGGGGAAAAUAUUUGUAUUUGGUGUCAACAAGACAAUUUUAUUCUUUAUAUACUAAAAAUGUAGUAAAUUAUAUUUAUUUUUGUUAACUGAUUUAUUAAAUUAAUGUCAACAUAAUUUUACUUAUAAAUUUAUAUUGUCACACAUAAGUUUGCAACUUACCAAAUAAAAUAUAGUUCAAGGCUUAUUAGA